GGGAGGGGAAGGAGACAGGGAGAGAAAAAGGAAGCUCUCCGACAAGUUUUUUUGUGUGUUUCUCCAAAGUUACACCAACUUUCACAAUCCAAAGGUAUGACUGGAGGCCCGGUGUGGAUCAACAUGCUGAAGAGAGAGAUCUGAAGGGAGGGACGGGCACCAGUUUGUCAGCAGUUGUGCACAGCUGAUGACAACAUCAAAUAUUAACACUUUCUAAGGCCUUGGGCCUCGAGUGACCAUAAAAAGACCCUGGACAGAGAAAAGGGCACACAAUGUCCUCUGAACUGGACUCCAGUCUCACCAGUAUUGACUGGCUGCCUCAGCUGGGAAUCAGCAGCCUGCGCUCGGGGAAAGAGAGAGGAGGAGGAGGAGGAGGCGAGAGGGACAAGAAGAAAGACAGAGGGAGGGAGAGAGGAGACUUUCUACCCUCUGUGCCGGACCCCUCCCCUUCUAACUAUAAAGGGAAACCCCCUCACAGCUACGCCACUCUCAUCGCCAUGGCAAUAGCAGCUGCACCUGAGAGGAAGUUGAGUUUGAAUGACAUCUACACCUGGAUCAGUGACACGUUUCCCUACUACAGCCGAGCGGGCCGUGGAUGGAAGAACUCCAUCCGUCACAAUCUGUCUCUUAAUAAAUGCUUCAGGAAAGUUCCUCGGCCUCAGAAUGACCCCGGCAAGGGCUCAUAUUGGACGAUGGAUGGACCUGCAGAGAAUCCAGUGAGGGCACCGAAGCGUCCCUACCCAGAGGAGGAAGAGGAGAGGCAGGAUGUUCUUCAAGUACAGGGGUCACAAGCAGAGAGAGGAGCCUCUCCUCAUCAACCACCACAACCACCCCCCAACACAGACCACCAUCUUCAUAACACAGAGCCAAUGGGAGCCAUCCAGCAGCAGCCGCCCCACUCUGCCUCCCUCUCUCCUCCCCCAUGCAAGCAACCGUCACACUACAUGCCCAGCCCGGGGUCGACUCACCCUGUCCAUCAUCCAUCGGCCUCUCCUUCAGCUGGGCUCCCACCUGCCGCCCCCAUCUCCUCCAUCAACUCCUUCCCACCUCCCCAUCCACCUGGCCCCACUUACUCCAUCCCCACUGCCUCUGCUACGCCUCUGUCUGCUGCCAACAUGUCCGCAGCUUCUUCGGUGGCUCCCUCUUUCUCCAACGCCAUUCUGACCUUUCCUGCUAACUCAGUGUGUGCUCCCACUUUCUCCUGUGCUCCUAACGCAGCGCCUGUGUCUGUGUGCACUGUGCCAGGACCCACUCUCCCCUCUGUGUGUGUUGUCCCAUCAUCUGUUGCUCCUGUUGUCUCAUUAAACUCCUCCACUGAUCCUCCGCUGCGCUUCACCUUCGAUGAGAUGACCUUACCGGACUUGUACGCGUCUUUCAAGUCUCUCUUCAAGACCAUGCGGGAGCGGGGGGGCUCACAGUCUGAUGGUGCUCCUCUGGCUGUCCCGCACAGUGACACUACCCCUCUUCACACUCCGACUCUGUUACCAUUGUCCCCUCACCCUGCUCCUGCACCGCCCGCACCACCUCCACCAGCUGCGCACCCGCCUGAGACGGACCGCAUUCCACAAUACACGGUGCCAGCUGACUGGUUCAGUAACCCAGAUUCUCUGAAGGAGAGCUUCCGCAUUGCCAGCAGUCUAGACUGGGCAAACAUAGACCUCUCUAGUCACCCAGACCUGCUGGAGAGCAUGCGGCAGGCGGAGCUCUGCGACUGGGCCCUGGACCCAGCGCUCUUCACCUCCCUCUGUGACUCUCUGAACCGCUUCUUCACUCAGAAAGGCAUGAUCAACUCCAUGAGUAACUCCCCACUCGCCCUCGGUGCACCUCACCCCGUACAGGUCCCAUCGUUCACCUCCAACCCUCCUCCUACCCUCUCCAGCCUCACUCACCCCUCACCCCUCCCUUACUCUCCCAUGGCUCACCCCAUCGGUGGCGUGCAGCCGCCCCGGAGGGCUCUGCACCUGCAGGGACAAGGCCUCCACAGGCCACAGCUAACACAACCUGCACACACAACCGCUGGGAUGCAGCCUCAGUCUAUGACGCCUCGACAGCGUCCUCCAUUAAAGAGUCUCCACAGCAACAGUGAGGAGAUCCAGGACGACUUUGACUGGGACUCUCUGCUCGCCUGAGCCUCGCCGUGAGCGUGUGGAGAAACAACAGAACUUUUCAGAGAAAUGUGGCUCUCACAGCCGUCUUUACUAAACUCUAUGCAGAGGCUGCCUCACUUGUGCAUCCUGAAGCUUCUCAGAGAGCAAGUUUGAGAUCAAGUUUGUCACAUAUGACUGAAUGCUGUAUUUCAAGGUUGAAAUAGUUGUAUGUUUUUUUUCCACGUUUUAUUCAAAUUCAUAUGCUGUAAUAACUUCUGUUAAGCUUUUCUUCUGCAGGUAAUCAGCAGGGUGUUUUUUCUGUUUUAGAUUUAUAAACAUGUUCACCAAAGAAAAUAAAGUGUAAAUUUAUUCUCGUCACAUUUUGUUCUCCGCAGCAGUAAAAAAAAAAAAAAAAAACCCACAUAUGGGAUAUAGACAUGAACUACAGAGGAAGCAUGAAACAAGCCAAACACACAUCCUGUGUUUUUGUUUUAUUUCAUAAAUUCCUUUUGAUUUUUUUUUCCAUUUUACUUUUCAAAUGUGAAUGUUCACAGUCAUCACCACACAAAAUUCAACCUUACCCGAUAAAAGAGAUAUUUUUCUUGUUGAUAUAAAAUAACAAUAAAUUCAUCAAACUAAAUUAAAAGAACAGCAUGGAGCAUGUCGUCAAGUCCCAUUUUUUUUCUUCCUUUCAUUCACUGAAAUAAUUGUCUUUUUUUUUUUAAAGAAGCAUCAGUAGCUCUCCCUCCCCAAAGGACAGAGGGACGAAACAGGUGGACAGUGGUGCUCUGGGACACCUGGACACCAGGGAUCUCAUGAAAUGUGAGAUUGGAAAAAAAUAACUAAUGCUUCCGAUUAACAAAAAAAAAAUAAAAAUGAUUGGCAGAGAAAUGUGUGACCCUUAUAAUACCUCAUUUGAAAUCCCAACAUUACAUAUUAUUAAUACAAGUGACAAUUUUUAAAAACAAAAAUAAUGGAUGUCAUUUCUUCCUCUCUGAGUCACUGAAAUAAUUUGGGACACAGGAAAAAUGGAGACCGAUAUUGAUACAUAUACACAAAAACAGGCAUUUGCACUAUUGCAUACUUGCACACUCACAAAUGAGCAUUCAUAUUCUCACAUUGCUGCAAACACACACAUUCAUCAAACAUCCCAUCAUUUUCCCCGUCGGACCACAGAUGUCAGAGCUCUCUUUAGUUUUCUACAAUAGUAAGGAAGGGGGGAAAAUAAGCAUUUGAUUUAAAUGGCAUAAUCGUGUGAUCUUCCUUGUUUAUUUGUUCCCAAAAAUUGGAAAAAAAUAAAUUACAUUUAACAUUAAAUUAAAUUAAAAGUGAAAUAGUUUGACCACAUUGUGCCUUAAAUGUUAAUGCAGGUUUUUCAGUCCAUAUCUCAGUCUGGAGUUCGUUUAAAAUUCAUCCUUCAUGCACUCGUUUCAUUUCAGUGGUUCAGUGUUUGUCUUCAUUCUAGAGGGAGAGAAGAGGAAGAGGCAGGUACGACAGUUUCACUGUUCAGUUUGUUAGUGGCUAAGUCCCCUCUCCCUCUGUCUCUCUCUCAGUGCGUUAAUAUUACAACAGAGUGACACUACUGAAGAAGCCUGCGCUCACAGACUUACCUUCAUCUCAAGACAGGACUGAAAAAAACAAAACAAAACAAAAAAAAAA